AGUGCUUGGGGUUGGGAGGGUGAGUGAGUGAGUGAGUGAGUGGUGCACAUAUUCAAGAUGCGCCUGUUGACAUUGUGCUGCGCUUGCGAAAAGUCUCCGCUCCUAUCACUCCACACACUAUCAGCGGUUUGGUGCAUCACACUCAUGGCACACAGUGCGCGGAAGGUGCAGCAGCAGCAGCAGUGCACGCGCCAAUCUGCUUUGACUGGACUCCAUUGUGAUUGGAUCGUUUGUUUACCCUGGCGAGAGACAAAGACAAAGGGGAUGGGUGGGUGAGCGUGAAAAGUGAAACCACCAACUAGCACCGUAAAUUUCCGUGCCACUCAAGAGGAUCGUGCAAGCCACUCACUUGACUCUGGUUUAGGAAAGCACUCUUCCCGGAGGAAACAAUUCUUUCUAGCAAAAACACAGGAACUAUGAUGUAAGGGAAUGCGGGUAACAGUAGAUGGGAAUGCGAGUGAGUGCUAGAAUUGAGCAGCUCACGGGACACUCACCGGCACUCAAACCGAUCCAGGACGGUUUAUUUUGCUGUGCGCACGAAGAUGAUCAGUUGCGUUACGGUGUGCAAGAUCGCUAGAUGGAAUUAUCAAACGGUGUCUUUGUUGUCGCUACCGAAUCCCCUGCAAGUUCCUCAAAGAGACAGCAAAUCCAUAUUUUAAAUGUUGUUUUGCGUACAAAACUGAAGACACAGACAUGAGUGACCGUCCUGUUGGUGGGUGCUAUUUUUAGUGUUUCCAUUUUGCGUGCAGUGCUGACAGUGCAUGACACUCACACUCACAAGCGUCGUGAAGGGUUGUGCAUUGAAAAGAAAAGUUAAAUCACCGCGCUAGUGGUUCAAGCUUCGGCUAUUACAAAAUACGUCCGGGCGCCAUCGUUCUGUCGACAGUGAAAGUAAAUUCCCUCAGCGCAGCCCUCAACCUCAACAAACCUCUUCAAGCAAUCUUACGGCUUUGGGGCCACUUUGUUGCAACUACAAGUGGCUUUUAGCGACACACAACGUCGGCUAAUCUCGAUCAAACCUAUCCCGGAAAAUAAAACGUAGAGGAAAGCUACGCAGCUAAAUCAAUGGUUCGGUUUCGACGCGAAACGAUUCUCAAGCAGCUAAUCAAAAUGUCUGGAGCGAAUCCCCCUCGAAGCGUUACGCCAAACGCGCAGCAGGACUACGAUGUUACGCGUAUGCGCGAGGAAGACUUCGAGCGGCUGGCGGUGUACAUCGUGCCGGACAUGCCCUGCGAGAAGGGUGUGCCCGGCCGGGCGGAGAAAACGCUCCCCCGCAGCCUGACGCUCAAGCCCUCCCUCGUCCUGUCGACGCCCACCUCCACGACUGAGGGCGUAUGGAGUACGGGUGUCAUCCCGCGCGGCACCCGGUUCGGCCCGUUCGAGGGCGUCCGCACACCGAGCCACCCGAGCGAUAAGCAGCUGUGGCGGUACUUCUGGAGGGUGCAGGAACUGCGACACGUUUCCUAUGGGAAUAUCAAGAUAUUCAAAGACAGUGAUUUCUACUAUCUCGACGGGUCGGAUACGGCCCAAUCGAACUGGAUGCGGUACGUCGCGUCCGCGUACAGCUUCUCCGUGAUGAAUCUGGUCGCCUGCCAGCACCAGGAGCACAUCUACUUCUACACGAUACGCGACAUCAUGCCGAACGAGGAGCUGAUGGUGUGGUACUGUCGCGACUUUGCCAAGCGGCUCGGCUACGACAUCGAUCCCGAGCGGGCGACCUACUCGAUCUGCCGCGAGGAGGUGGUGAAGAAGACGUACAAGCAGCCCGUCCCGCCGGAGAUCGCCUACAACCACGUGAAGCACGUGAUGGGCCUCUACCUGCCGGCGAUGGUGCGCAGUACGCCAACGCCCAGUCCCUCACCACCGGCGCCCGCAACCGUCGGUGGUCAUGUUCCUUCCGCGAAGCAUCACGCCCUGCACCAGACGGUACUGCGCGAGCCUCGCAAUAGCAGCUCGGCGGCGGCCGUCACCGGCGAUGAGUCCCUGCGGGACCGAUCGCCCAUCAGGAUAGUGAUCCGCGAGCAGAGCCCACUGUUGCGCGAAAGCGUCAAGGAGGUCGAUGCCGACUCUCCGAUCUCACAGACGAAAGAGACGGCGUACGAGCAUCAGCUGACGCCGAACGAUGGGUCGGUACGGUCGGACGAGGGCUACCACAGCCACGGGUACCACGAGGAUGGCUUCACGCCCCCGGAGGACUCGAGCGACAGCGAGAGCGAGCACAACUACGUGCUCGAUUGCUCGAAGAAAGCGAUCGAGCCGAAGGAGACGAGCGUCGGCCAGCACAAGGUGAGCACGAGCGAGCCGUGCGACAAGAACGAGUACCGCAAGGUGAAGAUGAAGAUGCCGCUCAAGUACGAGUUUAAGAACAACAGCAAAAACUUCAAGGUAGAGCCGGAGCUGGAGCCAACCGAGCGCGAGGUGGAGCCGGCGGUGCCCGCGAGCAGCGAACCGGUGGUGGUGGGGGCGAGCAUGCGGGAAGUAACGCCCGCCACCAGCACCGUGAUCGUGCUCGACACGACACCGGAGUCGUCGGUGGUAGUGCCGCUCACCAAGAGCUACUACGAAGCCGAACCGACCUCGACCUCGCCCGCGACCUUCAUCCGCUACACGCCGCCCAGCUCGAGCUCGAUCCUGGAAACCAUCCUGACCGGCAGCCAGCGCGCGUCCCCGUCGGCGGACGAUCCGCACCGGCGGCAGCCGAACGCGACCCCGCCCCCGACCUCCCCGACCGAGAUGGCCUACUCGUACAAGAAGUCGCAGCGGUACGGGACGGCCUGCAGCCCCGACUCGAGCUCGCAGAACCCGCAGGCCCCCGAACCGGCCGAACCGGGCCACGGGCCGAACCGAUCUCAGCCGCACCAUCACGGCGCCGCCGGUCCCGAGCCGAAGGAGGCGGACCACGCGGACCAGCACCAUCUGCAUCAUCAUCUGCAUCAUCUGCACCAUCACCACAACCACCACCAUCAUCUGCAGGCGCACCAUCACCCGCACCAUCAUCUGCAGCAGCCGCAUCAGCAACCGCACCAGAGCGGCUACCAUCACGAGCGGCUGCACGAGUCGCGGGAGGAGCCGACGGCCGCCGCCUCUCCCUCGCCCUCGCCCAUCGUGUACCCGGGCGAGCACCAUCCGCACCUGCACCAUCCCCAUCACCAUCUGCCGCCGCACCAUCACCACCGAACGCACUCGCCGGUGGCGUACGAGUCCCCGGUACCGAGCUACACCGCCACCAGCAGCAGCGGCAGCCUCUACUCCACCUCGAACGGGUCGGCUAGUGUGAUCAACAGCGCUUCCAGCUCCACCUACAGCCCGCCGCUGAACGGUGGCCACUACGAGAGACUGACGACCUCGUCGACCACGACAACCAUCCGCUCGGUGUCGCCGCCGCCGCCACCACCAACGCAACCGGCGCCGGCCCCAGGCUACGUGCAGCUCCAGUCGAAGGGGCAGCUACCGCUGGGCCACCCGCUAAUGCAGCCCCUAACACCGCUCACGCACAUGUCCCCGGGGCGUAUCUCGCCCCCGAGCAGCCUCAGCCCGGACGGUGGUUCGUACUCGCGCAGCGGCAGUCCCAUGUCCCCGGGCAGCCCGAACUCGCGCGGCUACCGCAGCCUGCCGUACCCGCUGCGCAAGCGCGACGGCAAGAUGCACUACGAGUGUAACGUGUGCAGCAAAACGUUCGGCCAGCUGUCCAACCUGAAGGUGCACCUGCGGACGCACUCGGGCGAGCGGCCGUUCAAGUGCAACGUCUGCACGAAAUCCUUCACCCAGCUCGCCCAUCUGCAGAAGCACCAUCUGGUGCAUACGGGCGAAAAGCCGCACCAGUGCGACAUCUGCAAGAAGCGGUUCAGCUCGACCUCGAACCUGAAGACGCACCUGCGGCUGCACAGCGGCCAGAAGCCGUACGCGUGCGACCUGUGCCCGCAGAAGUUCACCCAGUUCGUGCACCUGAAGCUGCACAAGCGGCUGCACACGAACGACCGGCCGUACGUGUGCCAGGGCUGUGAUAAGAAGUACAUCAGUGCGUCUGGGCUGCGCACGCACUGGAAGACGACCAGCUGCAAGCCGAACAAUCUCGAGGAGGAGCUAGCGAUGGCGGCGGCCGCCACCUCGGAGUGUUUGGAUAAGGACGGCCAGCCCGACGGGGAAGGUGGCCGCGAGUUCUACGAAAUGUCUCACCACGGUUCGCCGGGCGCCGUUGUCGUACAGCAGACGGCGGCCGCACUGUCACCAGCGUCGCACCACCAGCAUCACCAGCACGCCGGCCAUCACCACGGUACCGAGCAGGUCAUACACAAGGUGUCGGCCGGGAAGAUCCAGCAGCAGCAGCACCAGGGACCGUCCCCGCCGAACAGCAGCAACAACAACAGUCCCAACAGUACCAACCACAAUCUAGCGCCGUCGCCGCACCUACACUACGGUGGCCAUUUGGUGCAGUCGGGUGGCGGUGGGAAUGGUACGGCGAGCGGUGGCCCCGGCCCGGCCCAAAGCCAGCACGAACCGGCCAACCGGCCGAGCGUGAUCGAGUCGAGCCAGCCGAUGGUGAUCGAGUGCACGUAGCCGGGCGUUAUACGCCACGCAGCCGGACCGUAGCAGCAGCUGCUCCGUUCAUGAGUGAGUGAUCGAGUGAUUUGGGGUAAACAAAAGGGACACUUCUGUCGAACAAACAAAAGAGGGGAAAGAAGGAUAACAGGUCUCCGCACUCCGGUCUAUAUUUAUUGCCCUUGCGAGCGCAGAAGGAAGCGUAGCUUGUUUGUUUGUUUUUUUAAAUAUUAUACUAAUGAUCAUCACUCGCAACACUGGCGGUAUACUAUUAAGCUGUUAGGGUGUACUAAUUAAGUGGUCUUAAGCAACAAACCCCCGCCCGCACUGUAACUUAUUCCCGCUAGGCAAGAAGAUCUGUAAAUAAUGGCUGUAAUCCUGCAAGAGGAAGUGGCACCGAAUGGUGGGGGGGGGGAGGAGAAACAAAUGUUCGACCUCCCUUGGGGGAAGUUAACACGCACGCACCCUAGGUUCGAAUUUGUGAUCAAAAUUGUUUUCUUCCCGCUGAGGGUAAACUGUUUGUUUUCUGUGUUGCGUGAGGCGACAUUAGCACGUAAGGAACGGUGAUCGUUUUGUGGCUGCGGUGCAAACGCAAAUUUGCUGGCUGAUACGGCGGCUAGGAUUACGGCAACAUUUAGUAAACGAAACGCAUCAAAGAUCAAAAUUGAAGUCUGAUAGCAAUUAGGGAUAUUUAGGUUGUUUGCUCGUUUCAUAUUUGCUCGAUAUUUUCCUGCCACAAGUGUGUGUGGAGAGGAGAGGCCCAAACCAACCAGACUGACUGAUAGUUUUCCUAUGUGGGCUCGGGAGGAGGGCUGCACCGAGCGAUGGAAUGCAACCAGCGAGAGAGAGAGAGAGAGAGAGAGAGAGAGAGAGAGAGAGAGAGCGUGUUGUAACAUACAUUUGACCUGUGACCAGUGUUUGUUGCAGUCCGUUGCAUGUUCCGUUUACAUGUUGUUUGGUGUAUAUUCGUUCCCGGAAGGAAAACAGACUAGGUCUUAAGUGAGGGGAAGAGGGAGUUUAGUAGCAUAUACGAGAUAAGAAAGGGAUAGGAAGCAGAUGUUUAAAUCUAAGCAAACCUUACAAGUAAAUACCUAAACAAACAAUACAUAAAACACAACAAACAUCAGACGAAAAACACACACAUACAUAACAGAAAACACAACAACAACAGAAAACACAGAGAAGGAGGUAGGAGAUGUGAGAGUGUAAUUGAAAAUUACGAUUCACAACUUAGCUGAAGAUCGGUGCUUUUUCAAUACCAGCGCAUACCCGGAUGGAGGUUUCCUCUGCGGAUCGCGGUACUAAUACUAUUACUCAGAGUUAAGAUUUAGAAUAAUAUAUAAAAGAACGUAUAUCAAGCAGAUGAUAAAAAAAAGAACGAGAAACGAAAACAAACAACACAAAUUUAUGUAUUAAACUUUCUGGGAGAUUAAGACAAGAGAGCGAAGAAAGAACGAUGAGAGAGAGAGAAAGAGAAGGGGGAGAGUGUGUGUAAGAGGAAUGAAAAAGAAAUGAUACGAAUUAGAAAAUAAUACGUACGCUGGUGCUAAAAUUGGGAAGGAUAAAGAAGGAGGCAAGAGUCAAGACAUUUAUGUUAUUGCUAAAAGCAGUUCUGAAAAAAACAGUUUAAAAAUAAACAAUAGAACGCAGCAGAAAUGCAAACAAAUGAUAUCAAGUAGCAAACAAGUGAAGUUUAUACAAGUGAAACAAAACAACAACAAAAACAGUAGAAAAGCAACUAAAUACCAUUAACAAACGCAGAACGCUAAUCGCGCAUAGACCGCAGCCUACAGCCAAUCUAUACAGACACGCUACAACAACACGUUCAGGCGCCGGGCCCGACAGCGGAAGCAAAGCAAAAGAAAGGCAAUCAUCGCUCUGGCAUAGUGUGUGGCCAAACCUGACUCUCUGCACAGCACAGCGGCUGGCAGACAGCUAGCUAAGAUGACGAUCCUUGACAGACUGAUCGAUUCUAUUUUGUUAGCACUUUCCCCUUCCGCUUUUCUCGCGCCUCAACCGAUCUCCACCAAUUUGCUUUUUUAUUGAUGGCGUAGCUUGGAACGUUUACACGCAUACGUGGGUGUGGACCGAGCGACGCGCACAUGAGGCACACAUAGAGGCUCGUGGAGCUGCAAUUGUCACGAACCGAUCAUCCUUCAGUUCAGUGCCCUUUCAGUUUCCCCCAUCUUAAGGAACACUUUUUUUUUGUUUGUUUAAUUUGUUUUUUUUUCCGUUUGCAAUUUUGCUCGUUGAUCUUUGUUUGUGUUUUUUUUUUGUGUUUAUAGUAUAAAGAGCAGUUUUUUUGUGUCUGUCUGUUUAGCCAUUAAGUCUGCAAUAGUGGCGAUCGCGUGGGAGCACCGAUCAAAACCAUUAACAGGAUAUUUGUACAAUAAAAGCGAUGAAGGGGGCAUAGAGGGAAAAAA